AUGCCUUCGGAUACUCACUCAGAUGGUCUUGGUCAGAAUGACUUCACCGCCAACGCACUCGACGUCCUGCCCAAGUCCACGGACGUCGCAGUGAAAGUCCAUAGCAGCGAAGUAAAGCCGGUACACAUGAUGCUCGUUCUGCUAUGCGGCAAGGCUCCGGACCUGGAUAAUAUCAACAUGCUCUCUGUGCCCGAACCUCCGCCAUUGCUAUGGGCUGUAGUCAGCGAGCUUGACGGUAAUCCUCUUCAACUCGCGCAAGAUGUCAAGAAGUUCAUCGUCAGCGCCCCUCGUAACACUCCCUUACUCGCACCGCCUACUCCGCCACCCGGCGCGAAGGAACCAUCAAGAAUUGGUCGAUUAUUCCGCGGAGAUCGAAGCCGCGGUCGCCACUCGCCCUCGCCAAGCGUAACCAACCUCCAAGCUCCCGCCCCGCCGCCCACAACAGUUGCAAGCGACGCCCUAGUCGACGUAAUAACUCGUGCACGAAACCACAAGAAGAACCUGGGCGACGACUUCGUGUCCCCGUAUCACCUGCUACUUGGUCUAUCCGAUGACUCUGACGUGCUGAGGCUGCUAGAGACGCAGCAUAUCACUCAAUCCGAGUUCCAGAAAGAGCUCCGCAACCGCCGCACCACAAAAGUCACAGAGAGGGAGGACGACCAGUUUCCGUACCUGGCGAAAUACUCCACAGACAUGACCGCCUUGGCACGCGAUGGCAAACUGAACGAAAUUGUUGGACGUGAUGAAGAAAUUCGUAGAGUUAUUCAGAUUUUAUGCCGUCGCACUAAGAACUCUGCGGUCCUCAUUGGCGAACCUGGUGUGGGAAAGACAGCGGUCGCGGAGGGGCUAGCCUACAGAACUGCGUUCGGUCAAGUACCACAGAACCUGAAGGGAACUAUCUAUAGUCUUGACCUUGGUGCAGUGUUCGCGGGUGCAGGGAAAGGAGAGUACGAACAGCGUGUCAAAGGUAUUAUCGAAGAUGUCACUCGUUCGCAGGAGAGCCAAACACCCGCCAUCCUGUUUAUCGACGAGCUCCACCUCAUCACCGUCGGGAAGAACCCAGGCGGACAAAGCUCCGGAAUGGAUGCUGCGAACCUGCUCAAACCCGCGCUGGCGCGGGGGCAGUUCCGGUGCAUCGGCGCGACCACGCUGGCCGAAUACCGGGAGCAUAUCGAGAAGGACGGCGCGCUUGAGCGCCGAUUUGCCCCCGUCAUCGUGAGCGAGCCAACGACCGAGGAGGCCGUUACUAUCCUCCGUGGGAUCCGCGAGCGGUACGAGCAGCACCAUCGGGUCUGGAUUAUGGACCAAGCGAUUGUCACGGCUGUUAACCUUGCCCACCGAUUCCUCACUGCCAGACGAUUGCCAGACUCUGCGGUCGACCUGAUGGAUGAAGCGUGCGCCUCCGCACGAAUCGCGCAGGACAUGAAGCCGGAAGCCAUCGAUACCUUACAACAAGAUAUGCUCCACGUCGCCGCUCACAUCAAAGCGCUCGAGCGAGAUAACCAUCCGGACGAUGACGUCGCUUUAGCUAACGCGCUCGAAACCAAGAAGAAGCUGGAUCUCAAGAUGGGCCGGCUCCUCCAGCAGCAGGAGGCCGUCCGAGCAUGGUGGAAGAAGAUCAGCAUCCAACGGAGUGCGAUCCAGGACAAAAAGCGCGAAGUGCUUUUCGCGCGAAGCGAGCAGCGACAGGACACGUCGAAGAUCCUGAAGCUCGAGUCGACUCUGCAGAAGCUGCGCGAUGGGCUGGUCCGCUUAGAACACCAGGGACCAAACGUAGUCGACGACACGCCUGACCUCGUUGGUAGCAGCCGUCACAUUAUAUCACGCACGUCUCCAGACAUUAUCACGCCCGAGAGCAUCGCGGCGAUCGUAGAGAAGGCGACCAAGAUCCCAGUCUCGCGGCUGCUUGCGACGGACAAGAGCCGCCUGUUAAACCUCGAGUCCGCCUUAAGUCAGCAGGUUGUCGGUCAACCAGAGGCGGUAAAAGCCGUAACACAUGCGAUACAGGUCUCUCGGACUGGGCUUGGCAACACAAAUCGCCCUAUAGCUUCGUUACUCUUCACAGGCCCGUCGGGGACGGGGAAGACGCUGCUUUCAAAAGUGCUUGCUCAAGAGUUGUUCGGCCAAUCGUCCUCGAUGGUAAGGAUAGACGGCAGUGAAUACUCGCAAAGUCAUUCAACUUCCCGCUUGAUCGGGUCGCCACCUGGAUACGUAGGCUAUGACCAGGGUGGUCAGCUCACGGAAUUCGUCAGAAGGACGCCAUACUGCAUCGUACUUCUUGACGAAAUUGAGAAGACGUGCCCGGAGUUUUUGACCUUGUUCCUCCAAGUCCUGGACGAAGGACGACUUACCGAUGGACAGGGCAGAUUGGUAGACUUCCGUAACACUGUGAUCAUCAUGACAUCCAACGUAGGUGCCGACCUCCUGAGUGCUGAGAAGGGGGAGAUAUCCGAUGCCACGCGCAAGAAAGUCAUGGACCGCUUUAAGGAGAUCCGAUUCCCUGUUGAGUUCCUCAACCGUAUCGAAGAGAUUAUCAUGUUUCGUACGAUGACGCAGUCAGUGAUGGAGCAAAUCCUGGAGAAGCACCUUUCAGACCUCCAGCAACGUGAGGGUAUUAAGAGGCUGCGCUUGAAUAUCGACAGGAAGGCGAAAACCUGGCUCAUCAAGAUUGGCAUCUCGCGCGAAUACGGAGCACGGCCAUUAGCUCGUGUAAUCCAGAGAGAGCUCCUCAAUCCUCUCUCCCAACGUCUGCUUGAGGAGACUAUCCACGAGGGCGACACUGUCCGCAUCAUCCUGAACGAGAGUCAAGACGGGCUGUAUGUGAUGCCCAACCACGACGCACCACCACCAAGUGAACUUGAACCUGUUGCGGAGUCUAGUACUCGCGCGGGGAAGCGUAGAAUGCUCUAG